GUUUUUGUGAUCAGCCUCCUACAGGACCUACAGCUGACAGACAGACAGACAGACAGACAGACAGACAGACAGACAGACAGACAGACAGACAGACAGACAGACAGGCAGGCAGGCAGGCAAACAGACAGGCAGUCAGGCAGGCAGACAAGACAAGACAGACAGACAGGGCAGACAGAAAGGGCAGACAGACAGAAGGACAAUCAGAAAGAAAAGGCAGGCAGGAAGGCAGGCAGACAGACAGAUGAGCAGACAGACAGGCAGGGCAGGGCAGGGCAGGCAGACAGACAGAAAGGGCAGACAGACAGAAGGACAAUCAGAAAGAAAAGGCAGGCAGGAAGGCAGGCAGACAGACAGAUGAGCAGACAGACAGGCAGGCAGGCAAGGCAGGCAGGAAGGAAGGAAGGAAGGCAGACAGACAGACAGACAGACAGGCAGGCAGGCAGGCAGGCAGACGAGCAGACAGACAGGCAGGCAGGGCAGGGCAGGCAAGCAGACAAACAGACACCCACAGACCUUUCGCAUUACCAUUGGGAGUCACAGAUCCAGUUUAGUGUGGAUUACCUGGAUUACUGCACGCCGACAGUCGCUCCAUACGGACUGGAACCUGCUUCCUAUGAACAAUGGAACAGAUGCCUUUAUUAAUGUGUUAAGGGUUACUCCUUUUGAUUGGAUCCUGUUCAUAUUACUUUUCUUUGCCUUUUCUCUUUGUCCUUUUUUUCCUAUUUCUGUUUUUCUUUUCUUUUUCUUUUUUACAUUGGAAUUCCAGCGACUUUUUAUAAAUUAACCCAUUGGACACUGCGGGUUCUCCUGUUCUCGAAAAGAUGCGAUCACCAUGGGGACAGGUAAAGUGUUUAAGAUCAUAUGUGUUGACGACCACAACAACCUGCUGUUUUACAUCAUCGAUCACUACUGGACUGGAGAGUAAAGACUGUCGUUGAAGAGGAGCCAAGAACUGACCAGAUGGCGACUCCAUGUUUCUAUUGUGAAGGCUGUGCUACUGAUCUCUACAGGCAUCCUCAGCUGGACAUGGACAUAGAUUCGGUGAAGGCCAUCUACGCUGACACGGCUGUCUCCGUCAGAGAGCAUGGGUCCAUUGAUGAUGUGGACGUUGACAUGCUAAUCAAUGUCAGCUUCCUAGAUGAUGAAGUAGCCAGGGCCUGGAAGAUCGUCCCAACAGAGCCUAUUAUUGUCCGGCUGCGCUUCUCACUGUCCCAAUACCUGAAUGGACCAGCACCCUCUGUGGAGGUGUUCCAACCUUCUAACAGAGAAGGAUUCAGCCUGGGACUACAGCUGCAGAAGGUCAUCUCUAGCUUUGUGUCCCAGCAGUGGAAGUACCUGAGUAAUGAAACCCUCACGGCCCAACAGAAGACCAGACACACUUGGUUCAAACCUGGAGGAACCAUCAAGAGGUUCAGGGCUGGACUCAGCAUCCUCUCGCCCAUAUCCAAGUCCAGUGGCCAGGAGCAUGUUCUGAAGGUGAAGAUGAUUGGACCGGAGCUGAAAGUGAAUCGCCUUAUGAAUCGGACAAUGGCUUACACCAUCAAGAACACCAGAGGAGAACUCCUCACAUACACAACUAAUGGCAAGAGGGUGGCGGUGUCUGCUGUCAAGUCUCCGGCUCACAUCACAACUAAACAGCUGAUUGAGCUGCUGUUCUCAUCCCAAGCCUUUAUUCAGUGCAAGUCAGCCCCCACCCUGCAACAUGGGUUCUUAGUACAGGUAAUGAAAUACGCAGAACAGAGAAUCCCCACUCUGAAUGAAUACUGUGUGGUCUGUGACGAACGACACAUCUUUCAAUACGCCUCUAUGUUGAAGCCUGCAGUGUGUAGCAGGGAACUGUGCGUGUUUUCUUUCUACACCUUGGGAGUGAUGGCAGGAGCUGCAGAGGAGGUGUCGAAUGGAGCAGAGAAGAAGAGCUACGAUCGACUGCAGAAAGCUCUGGACAGCAUCAUGACCAUCAGGGAGAUGACCCAGGGUCCGUAUUCAUCAAUCAAGAAACAGAUGGACACCAUAGAUCCUCUUGCUCACCCUCUGCUUCAAUGGAUCACAUCAAGCAACAGAUCACAUAUUGUCAAGCUCCCGCUGAACAGGCAACUGAAGUUCAUGCACACUCCACAUCAGUUCCUGUUGACCAGUAGCCCUCCUGCUAAAGAAGCACGCUUCCGGGUUGCUAGGAAACUAUAUGGCAGCACCUUCGCAUUCCAUGGUUCCCACAUAGAGAACUGGCAUUCUAUUCUGAGAAAUGGACUUGUCAACGCCUCAUGCACAAAACUGCAGCUGCAUGGUGCUGCGUACGGGAAGGGUAUCUACCUGAGUCCUGUCUCUAGCGUCUCAUAUGGAUACUCAGGAAUGGGUAGAGGACAGCACCACGUGACCACCAAAGAGGAGCUGGGCAAACGUUACAACCGUAUCAACACCAUACAACAGGAAAGACAGGGCCAGUCCAGGUUUCUUCAGAGCAGGAAUUUAAACUGCAUCGCACUUUGUGAAGUGAUAACAUCAAAGGACCUUCAGAAACAUGGGGACACAUGGGUGUGUCCAAUAUCCGACCACGUCUGCACACGAUUCUUCUUUGUGUAUGAGAACGGCCAGGUGGGAGAUGCCGACAUCAACACCCAGGACAUAAGGAUUGAGCAAGAGAUAAUACAGGCGAUUGAGACUAAGCCUAUCUGAGCAGGACAUGUGAGACAGAGCUUUAAGUACAGUAUGGCUGGAGACAGCUAUAUGUACAGUAGAGCUCUGGCCAGAGAUACACAGCUAUAUGUACAGUAUGGGUCUGGCCAGAGAUACACAACUAUAUGUACAGUAUGGGUCUGGCCAGAGAUACACAGCUAUAUGUACAGUAUGGCUGGAGACAGCUAUAUGUACAGUAGAGCUCUGGCCAGGAAUACACAGCUAUAUGUAAAGUAUAGCUCUGGCAGGAGAUACACAGCUAUAUGUACAGUAUGGGUCUGGCUGGGGAUACACAGAUGGACCCAGGGAGGAUAGGGGACUCUUGCCAUUUAAACACUACUGAAACACUACUACAAUGCCGCAGAGCUGUGCUGCACUGGCCUGGUUACACAUGGACCACAUAAAUCAAGUAUCUGAAUAUCGUAUGGACCAAUGAGGUACUUUGAAUAUCAUAUAUGGUCCAAUGGGGAACUUGGAGCAUCGUAUGGACCAACCCUGAAUAUCACAUGGACCAAUGGGGAACUCUGAAUAUCAUAUGAACCAAUGGGGAACUUGGAAUAUCAUAUGGACCAAUGGGGAGCUCUGAAUAUCAUAUGAAUCAAUGGAGAACUCUGAAUAUCAUAUGAACCAAUGGGGAACUUGGAAUAUCAUAUGGACCAAUGGGGAACUUGGAAUAUCGUAUGGACCAAUGGGAAACUUGGAACAUCGCAUGGACCAAUGGGGAGACCUCAGAAUAUUGCAUGGACCAAUAGGGAGCUCCACAUAGAAAGAAAGAAAGAAAGAAAGAGUGUCCUUACCAAAGGCAGUCACACAACUUCACAUGGAGACCUGAUCACUAUUGACCUCCAAGGGAAUGUCAUAUUUCAUUGUCAUUAGAGGCAAUAGGAUUUGCUAUGUGACAGAUGUGGAGGGAUUUUCCCUUAUGAAUAUUAUAAUGUGAUUAUAACACGAUUAGGCUUUGCACAUUGGUCAUCAUGCAACUGCCUCUAAAAAAACUAAACAAUGGAUUUGACUUGCCUUUAAAACAUAUAUCACAAUACAGUGAACAGUGGUUUGUAUAAGAACAUGACUAUUCUCGUGCAAUACUUUUAUAAUCAUUUCUUAUGACCAUAUUUUGUAUUAAAGUUUGGCGGAUUGUUUAACCA